AAUAAAAAAAAUAUUCUCUUUGCAUUAAAAAUGUCGUCUAUCUUCAAAAGAAUGGCUACUCAUCGUACGCUGGCACUUACUGCCUAUAAUCGUUCGCUACUGAAAGCGCGUUCGUUAUCGUUCAUUCCAUCUGCUGCCAAAGUUACAAAUAAACCUGCCAUUUCUACCCCUCUCCAUCAUGAUACUGCCAGUACCUUAAAUACAGAAGAACAGACCCAAAUUCGCUCAUUAUGUAAUGAUGAAAAUCAAUCCAUAAAUCGAGAAAUUUUGCUCAAUCAGCAACAGAGACAUCCAUCAUCGAGCGAAGCUACUUUCCAGCCGGUUUAUAACUAUGUCUUUGAUGAAUAAGGCGGUGUGUUUAUUAUCGGAUCAUUCGCUUGUAUUGUUUGUUUGUAUGUGUGCACCCAUAAAUAAAAUCUUAGAUGGGAGUAAAUUUCUAUGACUUUGUCGUUGUUUUUAGUGGCACAAUCUCACAAUGCAAAUAA